UGGAUGGCGCUAUUAGGCAAAUUCCACUGGUCCUACACCGAAAACCCCCUCGGAAGAAACAGAUUGUACUUCACUGGUUCCGCAUAAGAGAAAAACAGCCAAUGCAGUCCUCCUUUACAGCAAAUAUCUGACAUCGACCAGAGUUUAACCGUGCAGCAGGAAACUGGCAUGUAAUUCGGCAGUGCAAGCUUUUAGCCUGCAUCACAGACACCAGGGAGACGGGGUUUGACAAGAAGACAUGAGCAGGGUGUGGAUGUGCCGAUAGCCUGGUAGCAAGCUCACCUGUCCGUGUGCUGGUGGUGGUGGUGAUGGAGAAUAUCGAGGAGUCUUCGCCCCUCCGGAUCACCCCUACCGUCCGGGCGCUGAGCUCCGCACUGCGGGGGAAGCGUGAAAAUGUCCCCGAUUCCAGCCAGCUAAACGGCGACAGGAUCUUCCCUGAACCGGAGAAGCUUUGGUUCAAGGAGAGCAGCGCUAAAAACCUGCGUAACAGGGACUUCUUGUCUCCGACCACGAUGCUUAACACGCUGUAUGCGGACGGGCAGGUCCCUCCAUCAGUGAUGUCCAGGGUACUGUCCCUCCGUGGCAGUGGCAUUCUCCCCGUGGCUGGUGGGGAGGUAAUGGGUGAGGGCUUGAGGGUGAGGGUGGACCGGGCCGCAGCUUUCAAGGCUGUCCUGGCAGAUGGAGCCACAGAGUACCUGAAGCCCUCGAGCCAGAAGCCAGGCUGUGUGGUGCUCAACUGCCCUGCGCUGCACCCUAAACCCAACACACCCACUCCUGAAACACUGACUCUGGGCCAGCUCAGGACUGUUCUGUUAGCUGACCACAUGGGGGCGCUGUUGAGAAGACAGGGAUUGGCAGUGUCCUAUUGCCCCAUGCUUCCCGAAGACAGCGACAUCAUCACCUUUCUCCGAGCUCUGGGCAUCGAUUGGCCGACAGCCCCAGCCAACUGGACCAACGAGGAGCGGGAGGAGAAGAUUCAGGAGGCUCUGCAGAACUCCCCGUACAGAGAGAGGGAAACGGAGAGAGGCAGGAGGACCAGUGGAGGAGGAGGUGGAGGAGGUGGAGGAGGAGGAGGUGGAGGAGGAGGAGGAGGAGGGAGGAAGGCGGAGGAGGGGGAGAAUGAGAGAGCUCUCAGGGUCAACCUGAAACGAGUGUUCCAGGAGGAGGGGCUGCUGGGAUACGACCCCAGCCUUGGUACCUGCAUAGUACACAGAGACAGUGUUUCUCACCUGGCGCAACUGGACCGAGCCACUGCUGACUGCACAGUAGCCAUGGCAACAGCGUUACAUGUGACUUCCUGUCAGGAUGAGUUCCGUCAGCAGCAGAUAGCGGUGCUGUGGAGAGCCAGUGGAGCGACACACACGCAGAGGCAUCUGGUGUGUGGGCCGGUGAAGACUCCUGGUUCUCACCUCACGGCUGCACAAUAUCUGCAGCUGAGAAGAGGUCAGAUGAAGGAGGCCUCAGAGAUGAAGUAUGGAGAUCAAGUAGAAGGUCAGACGUGGGAUGACAUCAUCAGGGUCAUGACCUCUGCCACUGUCAGAUUUGAGCUUCUGUCGACGGUCCACACCAGUCCAGUGACACUGGACCUCCAGCGUGAAGGGGGCGUGUCCACCAAAGGGCCGAGAGGAGGCGUGUUUGUGAUGUAUAACUGUGCCAGGCUGCACACUCUGUUCGACAGCUACGAGAGAGGAGUGGAGAAGGGUUUAUACCCUGAAAUCCCCGAAGGCUCCCAGCUAGACUUCUCUGCUCUGAAAGAAGAGGGCGAGUGGCUUCUCUUGUUCAAUUACCUCAUCCCCUUCUCCGAGCUGCUGGACCAAUCAGGACAAGCGUUAGACUGUGAAGGGGGUGGAGCCAGAGUCAAUCUUAAGAGUGAACAGAUCUGUAAAUUUCUCGUGUCUCUCAGUAAAGACUUCAGCUCGUACUACAACAGGGUCCAUGUGCUGGGGGAGCCGUUGCCUCAUCUCUUCAACCAGAUGUUUUGUCGUCUGCAUCUGUUGAGAGCGUUGAGAGAGCUCUACCACAGCGCUCUGGACACCCUUAACCUCCCCCCCAUCAGGCAACUAUAGCUUAGUCACUCCCCCUGUGAUCACUGUUGGCCCUACUUCCCCAUCCAUCUCACACAGUCGCCUAUGUUUUGCAAUUGUAGUUUCAUCGCGUACACGUCCUUCAGCUAAGACACCCUUUUCCCUCAUUUUGUCAGACCAUUUUGUGACUGGGAUCAGUUCCAUGGAGACCGCAAGAAGUUAAUGGUGCCAGUCGACAAAUAGUUUGCAAAGAUGGGAUGCUUUUUUCUGUUGAAGCCCUAAUGUGUAAUUUUCAAUUCUGCUCCAAUGGGUCCAAACAACCCACAUAACUGAGCCAACUUUCUAAAUUCUCCUCAUUCUCACAGCCGCCCCACAAGUGUCUUAGUCGCAGCCUGAAGAAAAUGUUUUGCUUUUAAUAAGCCUUGCUUAACUGUUAAAAGUCCUAUUUCAUGUGUGUUUCCCACCUUGUAUUUAUCAAUGCCACACAAAUAUUUAUUGUCAUUUAAAAAAAUGGUACAGAAUACAUAUUCUGCAUAUGAGUCUUAAUUGCUGUGUUCAUGAGAUUAUUCUGAGCCCUCCGAUCACACUUAUCCUGCGUGACAAAUCACAAAUGUUCAGUAUCAACCAACCAUGUACCAGAUGUAACCGGUGUUCAUAAGUUAUUUACAAAGCAUUAGGGCACUGCGCCAUAACAUUAGGAAAUGCAUGACAUGGCAUGAAAAUAAUAUAUAUGAAGAGUUUUAUG